CAGGAGGACAAUAGCCAAGCGAGUGUUAAAAAGGAGCACACCCUAUAAACGGGUCGGAUGGUUGGAGAGCUACGCCAUGCACAAGAGAAAGAAACGCUAGACAGAGAGCUAGCGAGCGAGAGAGAGAGAGAGAGAGAGGGAGAUAACUGAAGGAAUGAUCAAAACAAAUAACAAGAGAAGCAAGAAAUACACAUAAUACAACAUUUUACUGUGCGUAACCUUUGUCAACCUGAUAGAUCGCAAAGUCCACUUGACAUCCAUCGAAUAUGGUGCUCAAUUUGCUCUUCAUAACGACGGUGAUCAAGUCCACGUUUGGCGUGGUUACAACCGGAUUGUGGCUUAUACCGCUACUUCUGGCAGCGAUAACAUAUUAUCGAUAUGAUGCCGUUGAUCCAGAAUCUCGACCGUUGGAUCAAUUGAAUCUAUGGCCCGAAUAUGACUUUAUCGUCGUCGGCAGCGGUUCUGCGGGUGCUGUGGUGGCAAAUCGAUUGAGCGAAAUACGAAAAUGGAAGGUACUGCUCAUCGAGGCGGGUCCGGAUGAGAAUGAGAUAUCGGAUGUGCCAUCGCUGGCGGCGUAUUUGCAGCUAAGCAAACUGGAUUGGGCCUACAAGACGGAGCCGUCGAAUAAGGCCUGUCUAGGUAUGCAGAAUAAUCGCUGCAAUUGGCCGCGUGGUCGAGUACUGGGCGGGUCGUCGACCCUUAAUUAUAUGCUUUAUGUGCGCGGGAAUCGAAAUGACUACGACCACUGGGCAUCUUUGGGUAAUCCUGGCUGGGAUUACCAUCAGGUCUUGCGCUACUUUAAGAAAUCCGAGGACAAUCGGAAUCCCUAUCUAGCGAAAAGUGCUUAUCAUGGUCGUGGAGGUCUUUUAACCGUACAGGAAUCACCCUGGCAUACCCCAUUGGUGGCUGCCUUUGUGGAGGCGGGCACUCAACUGGGCUACGACAAUCGGGACAUCAAUGGAGCCCAACAGGCGGGAUUUAUGAUAGCCCAGGGCACCAUAAGACGCGGUUCGCGUUGCUCCACAGCCAAGGCUUUCCUGCGACCCAUUCGACAACGUCCCAACUUUCAUCUAUCUAUGAAUUCCCAUGUUACCCGCAUCAUCCUUGAGCCGGGCACAAUGCGAGCCCAGGCCGUCGAGUUUGUCAAAAACGGCAAAGUCUAUCGCAUAUCGGCACGGCGUGAGAUCAUACUAUCGGCGGGUGCGAUCAAUACGCCGCAAUUGAUGAUGCUAUCGGGUCUGGGGCCACGCAAACAUCUCGAGAAGCAUGGCAUUAAAGUUCUACAGGAUCUGCCCGUCGGUGAGAAUAUGCAGGAUCAUGUGGGCAUGGGAGGAUUAACAUUUCUGGUGGAUAAGCCCGUUGCCAUUGUGCAAGAUCGUUUCAAUCCGACGGCAGUCACCUUUCAGUAUGUACUGAGGGAACGGGGACCGAUGACAACCUUAGGUGGUGUCGAGGGAUUGGCAUUUGUGCAUACUCCCUAUUCAAAUCGCAGCAUCGACUGGCCGGAUAUACAGUUUCAUAUGGCGCCCGCAUCAAUCAAUUCGGAUAACGGAGCACGCGUUAAGAAGGUGAUGGGUCUUAAGGAGUCCGUCUAUCAGGAGGUCUUCCAUCCCAUUGCCAACAAGGAUAGUUGGACCAUAAUGCCGCUAUUGUUGCGACCACGUUCACGGGGCAGUGUACGUCUUCGUUCCGCCAAUCCCUUUCACUAUCCCCUCAUCAAUGCCAAUUACUUUGAUGAUCCGCUGGAUGCAAAGACCUUGGUGGAGGGUGCCAAGAUAGCGUUACGUGUUGCCGAGGCGGAAGUCUUUAAGCAAUUCGGUUCUCGAUUGUGGCGCAAGCCCUUGCCCAAUUGCAAACAUCAUAAAUUUCUUUCGGAUGCAUAUCUAGAGUGUCAGGUGCGCACAAUAUCGAUGACUAUAUAUCAUCCCUGUGGUACGGCCAAAAUGGGACCUUCCUGGGAUCCCGAAGCGGUCGUCGAUCCACGUUUACGUGUCUACGGAGUCCGCGGCCUGAGGGUAAUUGAUGCCAGCAUUAUGCCAACAAUAAGUAGCGGCAACACAAAUGCUCCAGUCAUAAUGAUUGCCGAAAAGGGUGCCGAUCUCAUUAAGGAGGAUUGGCUUAAAAAUCCCGAGUAUAAGGUCAAGCGUCGUGAUAUCUAUAGUGAUAGUGAAGCGUCUGCAAGUAGCAUAAAUAGCAACAGCAUUAGCAUAAGCAACAACAGCAGCAAUAUCGAUAGCGACAGCGACAUCAGCAACAUUACGUUGACAGCAACAGUCACAAAUAGUUAGCAAAAGUCCGAUGACAACGACAUUGGCCAGGGUUGCUCAGGGGUCAACUAGCUUUACCACAAAUUCCAAAACGGACAGACCUACAGACAGACAGACCUAUAGACAGUGUUUGCCAUUGUUUAAUCUUUAAAAACAUACAACAACAACAAAAAAAACAAAGUUUUGCACUGUUUGCUUCGUUACACACAACACAAAAACCAACAAUACAACAAUCACUUUCCCAGACUUACAACAAAUCUUAAGUUAUGUAAAAGCAAAGGCAUGAAAUCGAGUCAUAGUUAUGUAUAUCUUCUAUACUCUAGUUAA